ACUGGAGAGUUGCAGCGCUGGUGAUGGGGUUACAGCGCUGCAACUCACUCUGUGUCCACACUUGCAAAGCACAGCCAGCACUGCAACUCCCUGGCUGCAGCGCUGGCUGUACACCUGGUCUGCCUCGGGUGUAGCGAUUCCAGCGCUGGUGAUGCAGUGCUGGUCAUCAAGUGUGGACACCAACAGCGCUUUUAUUGGCCUCCAGGGUAUUAGGAGGUAUCCCAGCAUACCUUUUCAGCCACUCUGCUCAUCGUUUCACUCUCCACUGCCCUGGGCUCAGGUGACCCGCCCUUUACAUGCCCCGGGAAUUUUAAAAAUCCCCUUCCUGUUUGCUCAGCCAGGUGUGGAGUGCAAUCAAUCAAUCAAUCACUGACCAUGCCUCCACGCCCCAAACGAGCCCCAGCAUGGAACACUUCCGAGCUGCAGGACCUCAUCAGUGUUUGGGGUGAGGAAGCUGUGCAGUCACAGCUGUGCUCCAGCCGUAGAAAUUAUGAUACCUAUGGCCAGAUAUCAAAGUCCUUGCUGCUAAGGGGCCAUGAACGGGACGCGUUGCAGUGCAGGGUUAAAGUAAAGGAGCUGCGUAGUGCCUAUUGCAAAGCCCGUGAGGGAAACCACCGCUCAGGAGCUGCCCCCACGACCUGCCGUUUUUACAAGGAGCUGGAUGCCAUACUUGGGUGUGACCCCACUGCCAAUCCGAGGAGCAUGAUGGAGAGUUCAGAGCAGGGAGAAGUGGGGGAGGGUGUAGAGGAAGCAGAGAGUGAGGCUACUGGGGUGGAGGGAGACACCCCGGAGUCCCAGGAGGCAUGCAGCCAGGAGCUCUUCUCAAGCCAGGAGGAGGCUAGCCAGUCGCAGCAGCUGGAACUUGUUGGUGAAGAGGAAGCAGAGGAGCAUGUUCCUGAAACCCCAGCCCUCUGGCAUGGGAAUGGAUCCCGAACUGCUGAUGGGUCUCGCCAGCACGUCACGUUUAGCAAUUGA